AUGACGGAGGAUGGCAGGAAGAUCGUCGAGGAAAGCGAGGUGGAGGGCGUGAACGCGUCGCUCGCAGCUAUCAUGGCGAAACAUAAGCCCAAUCCUUGGGGAAAGGGCCACCUUCAGCUGUACGCUCUGGCUACCAUUUGUUUCCUGAAUUCAACAAUGAGUGGCUUCGACAGCUCCCUCAUGGGCAGCAUCAACGUGCUCCCGAACUACACGCGCUAUUACGGACUCCCUAGCACUGGCACUGCAUCCACUGGCAUUGUCUUCGCGAUCUUUUCGAUAGGGCAGAUGUGCGCGGCACUUUUCGUGUGGGUCGCAGAUUGGCUGGGUCGUAGAUACCUAAUCUUCAUCGGAGCGGCCGGGGUUUCAAUCGGAACUAUCGUCACUGCGACGGCGAAGACGCUGCCAACGUUUAUCGGGGGCAGAUUUCUGCUGAGUUUCUUUGCGCAGUUGGCGUGCUCGGCGAGCCCGUUGUAUCUUGUGGAGGUUGCGCCGCCGCAGUAUCGGGGUACAUUGGCCGGCUUGUAUAACACGUUCUACUACUUCGGCUCUAUCCUCGCCACCUCAUCCGUCUACGGCGCUCACAAACACCUCUCCGACACUAACCUCGACUGGCGACUGCCGCUCUGGCUGCAGAUGGUCUGUCCAAGCCUCGUAGCCUGUGUGAUUCUAUUCUUCCCAGAGUCACCUAGAUGGCUCAUUGGGAAGGACCGGCAUGAAGAAGCUCGCGAGUUUCUCGUGAAGCAUCACGCGAACGGCGACCCGGACCAUCCACUCGUAGCGCUUGAGAUGGCGGAGAUGAUCGACUCGUUGAGACGUGAGCCAGUGACCAACUGGCGGAACUUCUUUGACUUAACCGUUCUAUUCAAGACGAGGGCAAGGCGGUAUAGGACGAUGCUAAAUAUGACCUUCGCGUGGUUCGGCCAAUUUUCCGGCAACAACGUCAUCUCAUACUACCUUCCCUACCUACUAGCCAAUGUCGGUAUCACAUCCGCGGAUACCAAGCUCCUCCUCAACAUCAUGUACGCCCUCGAAGGCUACAUCUUUGCCACAGCCGGCGCCCGCUUGCACGAUGUCUUCGGAAGGCGCAAAAUGCUUCUCGGUGCCACGGCAGGCUUGAUCAUCGCUCUGGCCCUCACUGCUGGAACUGCAGCGGGGUACGUGCACACGGGGAGUCACGCUGCCUCGUCUGCUUCCAUCGCAUUCAUCUUCGUGUUCGGCGCCAUCUUUGCUUUCGCGUAUACGUCAAUGCAGCCGAUCUAUCCAGCGGAGGUCAUGUCCAAUGAUAUGCGCGCGAAGGGCAUGGGGACGUACAAGAUAACCGGUGGAUGUGCUGGAUUUGUUAACACCUUCGCUGCACCCAUCGCACUCACUAACAUUGGCUACUGGUUCUACGUCUUCUUCGUCUUCUGGGACUGCUUCGAGUUUACCUUCAUGUAUUUCUUCUUCGUGGAGACAAAGGGUCUCACUCUCGAAGAGAUGGAUGAGAUCUUUGAGUCAAAGAACCCAAGGAAGGCGAGUAUCCAGAAGAAGAAAGUUAAGGUGAGGACGGUGUUGGGCCAGGAUGGGAAGGUUGAAGAUCAGAUUGUGGGAAGGGUGGACGUUUAA